AUGCGAAACGACUAUGCAGAUUUAAAGAAAGAAGCAGAGAAACCAGCAGAAGAUAAAAUGGACAUGUUGACAUUUCUAAACAAAAACUAUCCAACAGCUGACGAUUUCCUUCUAUCUGAUGUCAAGAAGAAAUAUAAAGAAACAUUCGGCAUUGUGAAAACUUUUGACAUACUGACAGAAGAAAUAGAAGCUACAAAACUGUUUAGGAUUUCAAAUAUACAUCGUACAAUUCAUGUAAAACGCUUGUGA